UAUUGCGAUAAGAAACUUCGAUUCAAAGUCCUGACUGAAACACUUCACCGCGUUUUCACUUGUUGCUUGACUUGACUCAACCAUAAAAAGAAUGAAUCCACUACACCCGACGACGACAUAUCAUGACAAAUCAACGAUCUUCCUUCAGCUACGACGUUUUCAUAACCUUCUCCGGCGACGAUACUCGUUACGGUUUCGCCGGCAAUCUCUGGAAAUCUCUCAGUAACAGAGGAAUCCACACAUUCAUCGAUGACCAUGAAGAGGACCUUUCCAAAGGAAAUGGGAUCGAAUCAACACUUUUGAAUGUGAUCAAUGAGUCAAGAACUGCCAUUAUUGUGUUUUCUAACAAUUAUGCUUUUUCAUCCUUUUGCUUGGAACUUCUUGUCUAUAUCCUUGACAGUUUUCUCUUGAAUCAUCGGUUUAUUUUCCCUGUUUUUUACGAUGUCGAUCCUGCUGUUGUAAGGUAUCAAAGUGGAACUUAUGGUGAAGCUUUUUCAAAGCAUGAGAAGAAAUUGAAAGAUAACAAAGAGAAAGUUAAGAAAUGGAGGAGAGCUUUAUAUCAAGUAGCUAACUUGUCUGGAUUUCAUUUCAAACAUGGGGAUGGAUAUGAAUUUGAGUUUAUUGAGAGGAUUGUGGAAGAAGUCUCCAGUAAGUUUGAUCUUGUUCCUGUACAUAUUGCUAAUUACACGGUCGGAUUGGAGUCUCAAUUGGAAGAAGUGUGUUCACUUUUAGAGUUGGGAUCAAAACAAGUCCUUACAGUGGGGAUCUAUGGGGUUGGCGGAAUAGGUAAAACAGUACUUGCUCGAGCUGUUUAUAAUAAGAUCGGAGACCAAUUUGAAGCUUUAUGUUUUCUUGCCAAUGUUAGUGAGAAUUCAAAUUUGCAUGGACUAGUGCACCUCCAGAAUAGGCUUCUUUCAGAAAUGGUUGGAUUGAAUGAUAUUCAGUCAGGAAGUGCUAGUAAAGGAGUUUCAGUAGUAAAGUAUAGGCUCCGUCGAAAAAAAGUUCUUCUUAUCCUUGAUGAUGUUGACACACUUGAGCAACUAGAGACCUUGGUUGGAGGACUUGAUUGGUUUGGUCCUGGUAGCAGAGUUAUCAUUACAACACGGGACAAACAUUUGCUAGCAUUUCACGGGUUUGAAAGAAUAUAUGAGGUACAAGAGUUGAAUGAUGUAGACGCUCUUGAGUUGCUUAGCCACAGGGUUUUUAAACAAGGCGUCGUUGAUCCCAAUUACACAGAACUUUUAAGCCGAGUAGUAACUUACGCUUCCGGGAUUCCAUUGGCUUUGGAAGUAAUAGGUUCCAACUUGUUUGGAAAAAGUGUUGACCAAUGGAAACAUACAUUAGAUCGGUUUGAACGAAAUCCUCCCAACGAAAUCCGUAAUAUUCUUAGAAUAAGCUUUGAUGAUUUGGAUCAAGAGGAGAAGAACGUUUUUCUAGAUAUCACUUGUUGCUUCAAAGGAUAUGAAUUGACAGAUGUUGAAGAUAUUCUCCAUGCUCGUUAUGGUCAAGACAUGAAAUAUCAUAUUGAAGCGUUGAUUGACAAGUCUCUCAUACGUAUCAGUUUGGAUGGUAAGGUGACACCACAUCCCUUGAUAGAGAGAACAGGUAAAGAAAUUGUCCAUGACGAAUCACCAAGCGAUCCUGGGAGACGUAGUAGAUUAUGGUUCCGAGAAGAUAUAGUUCAAGUCCUAAAAAAUAAUAAGGGAACUAGUAAUAUUGAAAUCAUACAUCUAGAUUCCCUCUUAAUUGAAAAUGAAGAAGCAAUAGAAUGGGAUGGAGAGGCCUUUGAGGAGAUGCCAAACCUCAGAAUACUUAUUAUUAGAAAAUGUCAUUUCUCCAAAGCUCCCAAGUAUCUUCCAAACAGUUUAAAGGUAUUGGAAUGGUGGAGAUAUCCUUCUGAGGAGUUACCAUCUGAUUUUGAUUCAAAGAAACUUACUUUAGACAAAAUUGCUACAGUUAUGUUGCAGAUUUCACAUGGGGAUUUUCAAACCGAGACGGCAUGGAGACUAGUUGGCCUUAUGUCGAGUGUAGUUGGCCUGUCAUGUUAUGCUCUAAGCCCUUCUUUCGAUCGAUUAAUUGGAAGGUGGAAACCUUUCAAGUUCUUUCUUUAUGGGCUCUUGUCCUUGGCUAUUUUGACAAGCAUAUUGUUUGCAAAGCAUUCAUCACUUUCCACAAGACAUUUUCAACUCAAAUCUUACACGAGCUUUGCGGUUUUGAUGAUCAUCUCAGUAUACUCAUUCUUCUACGACAAAGCUGUGGAUGGAAAACCUGAAACACUGAGUAUAGUUUCAAACGCUGCGUUUGCUUUGGUGUCAUUAAGCUUGCACAAACUGAUUAAGUUUGGGGUUGAGAUUGGUAUGUUCUCUUAUUUCUUAGGUUGCUUUGCAGUUCAACUGUUAACCAUCAACUGGAUGUUGAUUUUUGUUGCAAUAUUCUUUGGCUGCCCGCUUUUUGUUAUGCAUUCCUUUAUGAAUUCCCGACCAGAGGUAGCUACUGGAGUUCCUCUAUGAGUUUGAAUUAUUCGAAUUAUACUCCAUUUCGAUCUGUUUCUGAUAAUAGUUACCGUGUUAAUCUACCAAUAAAUCGGUUCUAUUAAUUUC